ACAAACCUGUGAAGACAAGAUGAUACAGAACAAGAUUCAACUCGUUGUUUUUCUCGGAAUCCUGUCCAAGGUUUCAUGUGAUCUGUAUCAAAUCGUCCUGAUCCAAGAGCCAAAGACCUGGACAGAAGCGCAAUCCUACUGCAGAGAGAAUUACACAGAUCUGGCAACGGUUCAGAGCGAUGAAGACAGAGCCAAACUAAAGGAGGCAGCAAACGCUGUGAACUUUCUGUCUGUGGCCUGGAUCGGUUUCUACAGAGUCUCUUGGGGUUGGUCGUAUCAAAAAACACCGAUCAGCUAUGUGAUGUGGGAAUCCUGGGAGCCGGACUUGCCCAAAACAAGCGAGGCCUGUGUGUCUGUACAAGCCAAUGGACGAUGGGCUGACAGAGGCUGCACUGAAAAAGACUACUUCUUUUGCCAAACUGACACACAGGACACACUUCAGAACAAGUUUAAAUACAUUGGAACGGUCAUGAGCUGGUAUGAUGCUCAAACGUACUGCAGAACAAACUACGUAGACCUGGCCACCAUUUCAGACGACACAGAGAACACAUUCCUCACAAACAAACUUUCUAGCUUGGGCUUCUACUAUGCUUAUAUUGGCCUGCACAGGACCCCAUUGAACCCACUGAUCCCAUGGCAGUGGUCAGAUGAGAGCAGUGUAUCGUUGUCCUCUGUGAAUUGGGUGUCUGGGCAGCCUGAUAACUUGAAUGGAAACGAGAAUUGUGUGAAAGUCAGUACUGUAGGACUGAUGGCUGAUGACUCCUGCUCGACUAUACUGCCUUUCUACUGCCGCGAAAACAGAAAAAUACAGCGUGUGAGAUUCACAAUCACAUCAGACGGACAACUGGACGAAUCUGUAGUGAUGGAGGCCAUAGAGAAGAAGAUGAAGGAGAUCCUCUCAGAUCAAGAAAAAUCCAGCAUAAAUUGGAGCGUCCAACCUGACGGGAAGAUCUUCCAGCAGCAGAAAACACAAGAAAACACACAAGCAACGGCAUGUGAGGAGUUAGAGCCAAUGAAACACUAGACUCUGAUA